AUGUCAGCUGGAGGCCUACAUCUGAGUAAUUUGCAGGUGUGGAAUAGAGCAGCCAUAACAAAGACUCACUGGGACCUAACUUUUAAACAAGACAAGUUGUGGAUCAAAUGGAUUCAUGCAUACUACAUGAAGAGGCAGAGAACAGAGGACGUGGUGAUAUCACAAACUGCAAGUUGGAUGGUGAGGGAAAUCUCGGGGGCAAGGGACUGCAUCACGCUUGUUGAUACACAAUUCAAACCUCAUAAGAGUCUGAUUCAUCAAAUUUAUAUACAAUUGCUGCCAACUAGCCCAAGAACAAAUUGGAGAGCUUUAAUGUUCCAAAACAGCGCAAGACCUAAAGCAAAAUUUACAAUGUGGCUCCAAUGCCAUAGUAGGCUUCUAACAGUGGAUAGGUUGGUGAAAUGGGGCACUGCAGUAGAGACUAAUUGUGUGUUUUGUCAGCAAAUCGAUGAAACUAGAUACCACAUAUUUGCGGAAUGUCCAUAUGCCAAACAACUAUGGACCAAGCUGCUCACUUGGAUGAAGAUCCAAUCCUCUAUGCCUAAUUCUUGGACCAACUGUCUGCACUGGAUCAUUCCGCAUGCAAAAGGGAAAUCGAGAAAUGCCAAAGCAAUGAAGAUGGUUUACGCUGAGUUCAUUCAUACACUAUGGCUGGAGAGAAAAGCCAAAUUUUUUUAG